AUGGACAACAACGGGGAAUCUGUUGGGGUUGAUUUGAACAAUCUUCACACUGAUUCAUCUGAUGAUGAUUAUAGUUGUGAGGAAUCGGUUGGAACAGAGUUGUCAAAUAGCCAAGCAUUUGUAGGUGAUAGUUUGGUGAGUUUAAAUUCCAUUACUUCGGAUGAAAUUCGUGCUAUGGAAUUUGGAACUGUGGAAGAAGCUUGUGAAUUUUAUUAUAAGUAUGGACGAUGUAAAGGUUUUGCCAUUAGGAAAAGCGAUGUUAAACGAGGAGGGCCCGAAGGUAACAAAAUAGUAGUGAUGAGGCAGUUUGUAUGUAACAAAAAUGGAUUAAGAGACAAGAAGCACUUGGCUAGGUCAGAUAGGAAAAGAAAACACCGAUGUACAACCCGCACUAGUUGCAAAGCUAGGCUCCAUGUGCACUACAAUAAGAAAAAUGGGAAAUAUGUUGUGUCAUUUUUUGAAGAGGCUCAUAACCAUGAGUUAACCCCGACAAAGUUUGUGCAUUUACACCCCGGAUAUCGACAUAUAUCUGAGGCAGAUAGAGCUCAAAUUGACAGUCUUCGAUCACAUGGUAUCCGAACGUGUCAUAUAAUGGGGUACAUGGUUGCCCAAAAGGGUGGAUAUAAUGAUGUUUGUUUUACAAAGAAAGACUUGUACAAUUAUUCCGACAAAAAAAUGCGUGAUGUUGUUAAGAAUGGUGAUGUUGUUGCUGCCCUAAAUUAUCUCAAAGUGAAAUCAUCUACGGAUCUUAUACUUUAUGCAGAAUAUUGUGUCAGUAGUGACGGAAGAUUGAAGUCACUUUUUUGGGCAGACGGCCCUAGUAGAUCGGACUAUACAUGUUUUGGGGAUGUUCUUGCAUUUGACACAACUUACAGGAAGAACAAAUACAAUUAUCCUUUGGUUAUAUUUUCUUGUUACAACCACCACUCACAGACUGUUAUAUUCGGUGCGGCAUUGGUGUCGGACGAAACGAUAGAGACGUAUAAGUGGUUGUUGAAGUGUUUCUUAGACUGCAUGGAAAACAAAUAUCCAGAAGCAGUUGUAACAGAUGGAGAUGGUGCUAUGAGGGAGGCUAUAAAACAAAUUUAUCCUGAUGCGACCCAUCAGUUGUGUGCUUGGAAUUUGAACAAGAAUGCAGGUGAAAAUGUAAAGAAGUCGCAAUUUUUGGAUGGUUUUAAAAAGGCAAUGUACUCAAAUUUUACAACAGAACAAUUUGAAGAAUUUUGGUGGGAGAUGGUUAAAGAGAAUGAACUUGAAGGAAAUGCUUGGGUUGCCAAAACAUAUGAGACCAAGUCACUUUGGGCUACUGCAUAUCUACGCGAUAAGUUUUUUGGUCGUAUAAGAACUACGUCACAGUGCGAAGCUGUCAAUGCUAUAAUCAAGUCUUAUGUAAGGAAGAAAGGGUGCAUUUUUGAAUUUAUGCAUAACUUUGAACAAGCUUUGAGGGAUUACAGAAAUAAUGAACUUGUUGCUGAUUUUAAAUCGAAGUUUUCAGAUCCAGUGUUGACAACUCAUCUUCGUCUGAUCGAAAGUGACGCUGCCAAAACUUAUACAGCAGAGAUUUUCAAAGAAAUAAAAGAAGAAAUAAUGAAGGCUGGUGCAUUAAUUGUAAAGGGGAGAUUAAUAAAAGGGGAACUGAGAGUUUAUACAUUGACAAAAUAUUGUGAGGAUGGAUAUGAAAGAGAGGUUGUGUAUGAUCCUUCAGGUGAAACAUUGCGGUGUUCGUGUAAAUUGUUUGAUUCUCGCGGAAUUCCAUGCUCACACAUGUUUUACGUCAUCAAAGAAGAGCAUAUGGAUCAUAUUCCGCGUACUGUGGUAUUGCCGCGUUGGACGAAGGAUGCCAAAAUUGGGUUUCUGAAUAUGGCUUUUUGCAAAGAAGUUUCAAAACAAAAUGGUGUCUAUGGGGAUGUAAUGGAUGACAUCCUGAAGCUGCAGAUAAAGUAUUGUAGUUCAGACGAACCAAUUGGGACGCAAAAUGCAUUUGUAGGUGAUCCAAUGGCAGUGAAGAGAAAAUGUGCUCCAAAGCGUAAAAAGAAUGAAUUCAAAACAAUCAGACACUGCAAAAAAUGCAACAGCACAGGUCAUGAUGCGAGGAAUUGUUCGGACAAACAAGACAGAACAUCUGAACAGAAUGAUGUGUUCGAGUCAAUGUCGUUAAAUGAUUCUUCAAGCCAAAUACUCAAGACAAAUAAAGGGAAAAGGAAAUCCAGCUGUAAUAUUAGCAUUAGCAGGGGAAAACAAUUUUCACGAACACGACAAAGUCAACGUGCUAAUGUUACAACUACACCACAAAGUCAAGGUGCUAGCGUUGCAACUACACCACAAAGUCGAGGUGCUAACAUUGCAACUACACCACAUAUGGAUGUUAGAAGCAGAAAUGUGGGUCCAAUGAUUGGACUUCAACCCUUGAUGCCGGUGGGACAAUCUGUAAUUCAUCAAAUGCCCAUGGGACAACCCAUGUACCCAAUGUAUGGAAUGCCUGUUUUGGAUACUACAUCGUGUUUCGGUCUGAUGCAACAUAUGAUGAAAUUCGGUGGUAAUCAAUGA